AUGAAUAUUUUUAUCUUCAUUCUUACAUUUGUUAAACCUGGCCGAAAUCUUCGUUGUACAAUACUAUCAGCAUUACUCUAUUACUUUACUUUAACAGCUUUCAUAUGGAAACUUUUAUUUGCUUUACAGCAAAGUUUAUUUCUAACAAAUAUAUGGAAAAUGCAAUGGUCGGAUCAAACAUUAUUUACGAUUUAUUUCAUUUUAACAUUUGCAAUACCUGUUGUUCCAUUGUAUUUUAUGUUUGUCAAAUAUGAAGAUGAAAUAUUUCUAUCAUCAACAUGUAACUACUGUUGGCUAUCACGAGGAUUUCUCCUCUACGGAUUAAUUAUACCAAUAUUAGUAAUUAUUUGUUUUAAUAUAAUGUUUUACUUAUACACAAUGUUCUUUUUAUGCAUAAGAAAUCGUGAACAAGUAGGCUUACGUUCAACAAAAUCUGAUCAAUCGAGACGUAUACAAAAUAUUAAAAUCGGACUUUUCUUUGCUAUUAUUAUGGGUUUUAGUUGGAUAUUAGGAUUUCUCGUGCUAAUACCAAAUGCACAUGUUCAAUUCAUUGGCAAUAUUCUAUUCUGUAUUGUUAAUGCAUUUCAAGGUUUUGCGUUUUCUAUUAUGGUAUUUUUUAUGAUUGAACAAAAAUCAUUUAUUCGUUCUUUUCGUUGGUUUUGGAAACGUGAAAAGGAAAGAAAAAUAACAUCAUACUCACAAAGUAUUAUGCCACAAGAAUCACUACCAAUAUCUAAUGAUAAUGAUACUAUAAAAAUAAAAAAUAGAUGUAACUCAUCAACUCGUACCACAUCAGUAGCAUCAAGCGGUGAUAAUAAUACACUUGAGAUUUAUGAUCAUUAUCGCAACAGAAAAUUGCUUACAGAACAAGAAAUAGAAGAAGACGAAGAUUUAUAUAGCUCACCGACUUUUUAA